CGCCAUCUGUGUUCUAAUGGAAAGUGACGACCGGUUGUCUUCGGCGUUGUUCGACGUUAAUAACGGAAUAAAUUAAAACUCUCGGGGAUAGGUUAGUGAAAUUUUUCAAGAGGUCGAGAGAGGUCGCGCUGCUGGUGUUUGAGCGCGGCGCCUCUUCUAACAACCGGAUGUUGUCUCCUGCUGAUAUCCUCCGGUGUUACGUUCAUUGUUGUCCCCAAAAUGGCGAACGUUGCUGCAGCUACCGUGGCCGCUGCGGCCGCAGCUGCCGCCGCGAACAGAGACCCAGCCGUGGACAGGUCACUACGAUCAGUUUUCGUUGGAAACAUUCCAUAUGAAGCCACAGAAGAGCAGUUGAAAGACAUAUUCUCCGAAGUCGGACUUGUUGUCAGCUUCAGGUUAGUGUAUGAUAGAGAGACAGGAAAGCCAAAAGGAUAUGGCUUCUGUGAAUACCAGGACCAGGAAACGGCCCUCAGCGCCAUGAGGAACCUGAACGGGAGAGAGUUCAGUGGUCGGGCUCUCAGAGUCGACAAUGCAGCUAGUGAAAAAAAUAAAGAAGAGCUCAAAAGUCUGGGGACUGGAACCCCCAUCAUCGAGUCUCCUUUUGGAGACAGUGUGUCGCCAGAGGAGGCUCCAGAGUCCAUCAGCAGAGCUGUGGCGAGUCUUCCACCUGAGCAGAUGUUUGAGUUGAUGAAACAAAUGAAGCUGUGUGUACAAAACAGCCCCCAGGAGGCGAGGAACAUGCUGCUGCAGAACCCGCAGCUGGCCUACGCUCUGCUGCAGGCGCAGGUCGUGAUGCGGAUCGUUGACCCGGAGAUCGCUUUGAAAAUGUUGCAUCGUCAAACAGCUGUUCAGCCCCUGGUGUCCAGCAGUCAGGGUGGAGGAGCACCGCCUGUCAAUCCUCCAGUUCAGCCCAAUGUGCAGGUGUCUCAGCCACAACCUGUGCCGGUCAUGCAUGUGAAUGGAGCCCCUCAGAUGAUGCAGCCCGCCAACAUGGGCGUUGUCCCCAACAUGUCUGUACCGGGCCCCGCACAAGGACCCGGACCAAUCGGACCUCCAGGACCGGGCGGCAUCCCACCCAGAGGUCUGUUGGGCGACGGACCCAAUGAUCCCAGAGGAGGAACUCUGCUGUCUGUCACUGGAGAGGUCAUCGACCCCAACCGGGCCUACAUGGCCGCUCCGCCGCCUCACCAGGCUCCGCCCGUACAUAUACCUCAGAUGGGAGGUGGGCCACAGAUGGGAGGCGGACCUCAGAUGGGAGGCGGACCUCAGAUGGGAGGCGGGCCACAGAUGGGAGGCGGGCCACAGAUGGGAGGCGGGCCACAGAUGGGAGGCGGGCCACAGAUGGGAGGCGGGCCACCAGAAAUGAGAGGCCCUCCGAUGCCUGAGCCGCGGACCAUGAUGGUGGACCCGCGAGGGCCGCCGAUGGUGGACCCACGAGGGCCGCCAAUGAUGGAGCCACGGGGACCGCCGAUGGAACCCAGAGGCCGUGACCCGAGGGCGAUGGACGCUCGCGGGCCGGUGUCAGGUCAGAGGGUUCCCAUGGUGCCCGGGAUGCAAGGCCCGGUCCCCCACGCCAUGGGUCCAAACGUUCCUCCGCCUGCAAGACCGGGUCCGGGUAUUUCUGGCGUCCCGUCCUCAGGGGGAGGCUUCAGUCCCGGCCAGAGUCAGGUCUCCACUCAGGAUCAGGAGAAGGCCGCCCUCAUCAUGCAGGUGCUGCAGCUGACCCCAGAGCAGAUCGCCAUGCUGCCGCCGGAGCAGCGGCAGAGCAUCCUCAUCCUCAAGGAGCAGAUUCAGAAAACCGCCUCCGGCGCGCCGUGAUUCUCCAAGGUGGCGUUCCUCCUCGGCAACCCGCCUGGAGCAGGAAGGAGUUUUCUGACUUUAACGAUGGUUUCACUCAUUCCUGCUGCAGGAGCUGCCUGCUGAAACUGGCCGCUCUGCAAAAACACAAAAUAUUACCAAGUAUUUUUAUCUAGCUUCUAGCGAAAAUGUCACAGUGCACUUGAAAUAAAAAAGAAUAUUUCACAUUUUUCCCAUGUUAUAAGUGAAUAAUCUGCCAGUAGAGCUGCUACUUUUUAAUCAAUAUUAAGGAAUUAUUUGCUAAAAUGUUGUCAUUUUGAUCUUAUUUCAAGAAUGCUCUAGAAACUAGAUAACAGUACUUGGUAAUAUUUUGUCUUUGCUGUGUAGGAGAUCAUAGCUUUGUUUUCUCUUUUUGUAUGAAGAGUGCAGGUUUGAUCCAAAUGACUUCAGAAGAUGGACAUGUUUUGUUUUGUUUUUGUUUUUUUUCUUUAAACCAAACUGUUGUAAAAUCUCAAAACUGUUUUCUCAAUAAAACUAAAGAAGUGACAAAAUGUAAAAGUAAACUCUUA